AUCAUGGACAGUCCCGAGGCGCCCUUUAAAAUCAUGGACAGUCCCGAGGCGCCCUUUAAAAUCAUGGACAGUCCCGAGGAGCCCUUUAAAAUCAUGGACAGUCCCGAGGCGCCCUUUAAAAUCAUGGACAGUCCCGAGGCGCCCUUUAAAAUCAUGGACAGUCCCGAGGAGCCCUUUAAAAUCAUGGACAGUCCCGAGGCGCCCUUUAAAAUCAUGGACAGUCCCGAGGCGCCCUUUAAAAUCAUGGACAGUCCCGAGGCGCCCUUUAAAAUCAUGGACAGUCCCGAGGCGCCCUUUAAAAUCAUGGACAGUUCCGAGGCGCCCUUUAAAAUCAUAGACAGGCCCGAGGCACCCUUUAAAAUUAUGGACAUUUCCGAGGCACCCUUUAAAAUUAUGGACAGUUUUGAGGCACCCUUUAAAAUUAUGGACAUUCCUGAGGCACCCUUUAAAAUUAUGGACAGUCCUGAGGCGCCCUUUAAAAUUAUGGACAGUACCAAGUUGCCCUUUAAAAUUGUGGACAGUCCCGAGGCGCCCUUUAAAAUCAUGGACAGUCCCAAGGCACCCUUUAAAAUUAUGGACAGUCUUGAGGCACCCCAUUCUAAAAUGUGA